UCCAGUAGCUCUGACGUCCGAAGUCAAAACUGAAACACGGAAGGAGAAAGCAAAGAAAGCUUCAAAAGGAGGAGAGCGUCCGGUCUUUCGUCCUGCGGUCCCUUUAAGAGAAGAACCUCUUGGGACCGGCAGUCCCAACCGACCCCAGUUUUAACCGAAACCUAACCCGGACUUCCCCCUCUUGACUCAAAUAAGACCAACUUUGGAUUUUCCCUCCCCUAUUGACCAAUCAGAUUCUGUUACCAGGCAGAUUUUAGCGGCCGCCGGUGCGAGCCCGGCGCCUUCUGUCUCCGGGUGGCAGCAACGACCAAUCGUAGAGCAGGCCGUCCGAGUAUCUAGGCAGAUCGGGGCCGUUCCAGCCAUUCAUAAAAAAGGAAAUAAAGCAACGCACGAGCCCGCUGGGCCAGGAUCGUGGGGCUGGGCUGGAGUGAAGGUGGCUACGAGCCCUCAUGCCAGGAUGGCAGAAGAUGAACCUAAUGCUAAGAGCCCAAAGACUGGGGGAAGGACUUCCUCAGGUAGUGCUGAGGCGGGGGAACCCACCACCCUUCUUCAGAGGCUCCGAGGUACCAUUUCCAAGGCCGUGCAGAACAAAGUAGAGGCGAUCCUGCAAGAUGUACAGAAAUUCUCAGACAAUGACAAGCUGUAUCUCUACCUUCAGCUCCCCUCGGGGCCCAGUACUGGAGACAAAAGCUCAGAGCCAAGUACACUCAGCAACGAGGAGUACAUGUAUGCUUACAGGUGGAUCCGCAACCACCUAGAGGAGCAUACCGACACCUGCCUGCCAAAACAAAGUGUUUAUGAUGCCUAUCGGAAGUACUGCGAGAGCCUCGCGUGUUGCCGCCCACUCAGCACAGCCAACUUUGGCAAAAUCAUCAGAGAGAUCUUCCCUGACAUCAAGGCCCGAAGGCUUGGUGGCCGGGGCCAGUCCAAAUAUUGCUACAGUGGCAUACGAAGGAAGACCUUGGUAUCUAUGCCGCCCUUGCCCGGACUUGACCUAAAGGGCUCUGAGAGUCCAGAAAUGGGCCCAGAAGUAACCCCAGCGCCUCGGGAUGAGCUGGUGGAAGCAGCCUGUGCCUUGACCUGUGACUGGGCCGAGCGAAUCCUGAAACGGUCCUUCAGUUCCAUUGUUGAGGUUGCCCGCUUCCUGCUACAGCAGCAUCUCAUCUCUGCCCGAUCUGCACACGCCCAUGUGCUCAAAACUGUGGGACUCGCUGAAGAGGACGAACAUGCCCCUCGGGAACGGUCAUCUAAAUCCAAGAAUGGGGUAGAGAACCUGGAGGGCGGUUCUCAUAAGAGACCAGAGAGACAGGUCCAGCCUCCUAAAGAGCUAGACCCCCGGGCUGGGGCUGGCCCCUCUGCACGUGGAGAGCGAAAGAAGAGUGCAGCGGAGAGCCCGGCGCCAGUAGCCAAUAACCCGCAGGUUAAUGCCCUAGUGGCACGGCUGCCUCUGCUCCUCCCCCGGGCCCCUCGCUCACUUAUUCCGCCAAUCCGAGUCUCUCCACCCAUCUUGGCCCCCAAACUUUCUUCAGGCACUCUGAAAAUGGCUGCACUGCCUCUGCCCAGUAGGGCUGGGGGACCCCAAGCAGCUGUUCCCAUCAUUAACAUGAUCUUACCAACGGUUCCUGCUUUGCCUGGACCUGGACCUGGGCCUGGGCAAGCUCCCCCUGGGGGGCUCGCUCAGCCAAGGGGUGCAGAGAACAGGGAAGUGGGCAUAGGUGGUGACCUGGGACCCCAUGACAAAGGUGUCAAGAGGACAGCUGAAGUGCCUGUGAGCGAAGCCAGUGGGCAGGACCCACCAGCUAAAGCCACAAAGCAAGAUCUAGACGAUACAGGAAGUGAUGCCAAAAGAAAACGGGGGCGCCCUCGAAAAAAAUCAGGUGGAAGUAGGGAAAGGAAUUCUACCCCCGACAAAUCAGCAGCUGCUGUGGACUCAGCCCAGUCCUCAAGGUUACCACGGGAGACAUGGGCCUCUGGAGGGGAGAGCAACUCAGCUGGAGGGUCAGGGGGGCCAGGGCCAGUGGGAGAGGCUGAGAAGGGGGUGCUUGCCCAAGGUCAGGAGGAUGGCGCUGUUUCCAAAGGAGGAAGGGGCCCCAGUUCCCGUCAUGCCAAAGAAGCAGAAGAUAAAAUUCCUCCUGUCACCCCCAAAGUGAGUGUCAUCAGGGGCAGUAGAAGCCAAAAGGAGGCUCUUCAUUUGGUCAGGGGAGAAGCAGACACCUCCAUACAGGGUAAUAAAGACUUAAAGGGGCAUGUGCUUCCGAGCUCCAUUCCCCAUGAGCGGAAAGACCCCAAAGCAGCACCCCCAUGAUAGGUAUGUGGGAAGGAGUGUUUAUAGCCCUAUGUUAACUCUACCUGGCUGCCUAGAAGAGGCCCUUCUUUGCACUUGCUUCUCACUUGGCUCUUCAUUCUCUUCUGUAUAGACAGCUGAGGCACCCUGUCUUACAUAGUGCCUGAUUUUUGCCUCUCACCUUUCCAGCUCAGUCCCCUUGGCUUUAGAGUCACUAAUCUGUAGUGACCCCUCUCCUGGAUCCCUGCACUAUCUUAUGGGAAUAUAGGGAUGAAAUACGAUGAAUGCCUAGGCUUGGAGUCUUUUGGUUUUAAAUCAUAGAAAACCUAACUCAGACUGGCUUAAAAACAAAGAUUUAUUGGCUCAUGUGACUGGCAAGUCCAGAGGUAGGGCCAACUCCAGGUAAAGCUGAUCCAGUGACUCCGUAAGUCUCUAAAUACCUGAUUGAUUUUCCCCCCACCAUUCUACCUUCUGUAGGAUCAUCUUAAGCCUGGUCCACCUCGUGGCUGCCAGCACUCCUGAGAUUCCAUGUUUCCUCUCUCAUGUCCAGCCAGAAAGAGAGGGCAUCUUUGUGCCAGGAAUCCUAGCAAUAGCCCUAAGAUUCACUUCGGUGAGGUCAGCCUGGGUCACACACCCAUCCCUAGCCAGUCACUGUGGGCAGGAGAUUGGUAUAAUAAAUGCUAAUUUGCUUAUUUAUGCUACAUCAUGGCCUGUACCUUUUGAAAAAAAAGGCAGGAUCAGCCUCCUUAGAAUCACAUAGAUUCCUCAAUGGGGACUGGGAGUGGGGAGUUCCCGGGGAGUCACCUGACACCUGGCCACUGCUAUGAAGUAGGUGUGGUUUUAGCUUGCUAGGCUGAGACCAGUUAUCUUCCUUCCUUUUUUUCCAGAUAGUUUUGAAUUUUCCUUACAGCAGCUGUAACCUCUUUUCCUCUUAUUCUGGUCUCAGGGAAUGAGAAGGAAAUCUUUCUCAUUUGGAGACUAGCUCUUUAGUCUCAUUUGGAUAACAAUCCCCCUUUUUCUUCCACCUCCUUCUCAGAGAUGGGUAUCCUUCAUUCUCCCCUUUCUGAAUUUUAGUUUUCUCCUCAUUCUCAAUGCUCCACCCUUCUGCCUCUUUCACCGAGUGAGGUUUACUCCCUAGUCAUUUUAUUAAAUUCACUCUCUAUCCACCAGGUGUCAGUCUCUUGUCAUGUAAGUGUCAGGCCUUAGCUGGACCGGGAUUGUGGGUUUAGGCUGUGUGUAUGGAAGGAGGUACCUUGCCUAUCUAGGAGCACCAGUAGGAAGGGAAUUCAGGUAUAUAUUUGGGAAAAGCAGUAAACCAACCAACAUUAAUUAAGGACCUACUUUAUCUUCUGCAUAGGGUAGCUUCCAUCAGGGAUUCUCCGUUUUCUUUCAGGGAGCCUUCAUUCGUUUGUUCCUUUAUUUCCACCAUUGCAGAUUUUUAAAAAUUAUAUGUAAUGUUUGAUAUCUAUAAAGAAUAUAUUUAACGUGAAUAAGUUAUGAAGCAUAAUAACUAAAUGACUCAUCACCCAAUUUGUACAUUAAAACAUUAGAAAUACUA